AUGAAAUACCCUGUCGCAGCCACAGUAAGCCCACAUAGUCUAGGAGAUUGCACUAAAGGAUGGAUCCAUGUAAACUCGUAUUGCUACCAUAUAUCUGAAAAGACUUCCUGGACUUAUGCAAAUCAGGACUGCAAAAAGAAAGCAUCCACAUUGGCAAUCAUUGAUCAUAAAAGCACAAUAAAACUUCUUGGCCAAGAGCUUAAUACCCUUCUACCAUCUGGRRSSGUUCAGUUGUUCAUCGGUCUACAAUAUUUACCAGAGUUUCGAUGGACCGACGGGAAUCCGAUCGAUAAGGGAUUGUGGUUAAAGGRUUACCCAAAAGUGAAUGAAGCACUUAGUUUACAAUGUGUCGUUCUUUAUCUAACUUCUUUUGGCUGGCGUCUGAUGCAGUUAAAUUGCAWGACGACCACCAGGAAAGUGAUGUGCGAGACGGACAGACAAAAUCAAGCCUACAAAAGCACAACAUUUUCUGAAUCAGAUGCUGAAUUUGGCCACCAUUCCUAUGCAGUUGACGGGAAUUAUGCAUCGUGCUUCCAGACAAAACAGUUUAGCUGUACCAAUGGUCAGUGUAUUGAUAAAGGAUUAGUGUGUGAUGGCGAUGCUCUUUGUACCGAUGGAUCAGACGAGAAGGACUGUCAAUGUUCGUCAAAUGUGUUUUCAUGUCCUAAUGGUGAAUGUUUGAAACCAAGCCAGCUAUGCAAUGGAAAAAGGGACUGUGAAAGCGAUGGAUCAGAUGAACGAAAUUGCGGUAAUUCAGCUCCUUUUGUAACUACAAUCCUAAACAUUCUACGUGAAAACCAUAGUUUGUAG